UUCCCCCAAAUCCUUUCUUUCUCUCUCUCGUCUAAUUCCCCCAAAACGUCACUCUCUCUCUCGUCCUCCCCCUAACCAGCGGCGCCACCCAAAACCACCAAACCCUAACUCUCUCUCUCGGCCUUCCCCAAGUCCGCCAUGCCUCUGCGGGUCAGCCAAGGAUGAUGGCACCGUCGAACUCGCGUGCAACGCGGAUGAGGCGGUUCCAUCAAGGGAACGCCGAAGGCUAGGGCACAUCGAUGCGAAGCAAGGAAAAGGAGGAUGUUAUCGGCGGCAGCUGGUCGCUGGCUUCACGAAGAUGACGGCUAUGCCUUGUCAGCCUCGCCGGAGUUAGAGGCGGCGGUGGCAGCGGAUUUGAAAUUUUGGGGAAAAAAUUAGGGCUCAUGUGUGUGCGUAAGUACGUUCUGGAGAUACGGGGGUAGAGACGAUGGGAGGCGCGAUGAUGGCGGUGACCGUGGCAGCCGGCAGCGGCUGACGCCACCGGAGAAGAGGGAGAGGCGACCAUGGUUUGGGGUAAUUCAAUAUUUUUUUUUCUUCCUUUUGUUACCAGUUAAUUGGAGCUUCUAGAUUCCUCGCUGUUCAGCAGCGCCGUGCCCUCGCUUAUGCCCGCCUCAAACGGACACGGUGGAUUUGGCCACGUUGUAUUAUGCAAGAAUAAGCUAGAUGGUAGGCAUUAUGCCGUGAAGAAGAUUCGAUUGAAGGAUAAAAUUCUGCCUGUAAAUGACCGCAUAUUAAGGGAAGUAGCUACUCUUUCGAGGUUGCAGCAUCAGCAUGUCGUUCGAUACUAUCAGGUUGACAGCAUACUUAGCGCCUGUGGCGAUGCUUUUGAGCAUGAGGUAACUAGAAGAAUGCGUAAUGAAUUUAUGGUAGCUUGGGAUGGCUUGAGGUCAAAAGACAACCAGAGAAUCAUAGCAGGUUGAUUAAUUAGUUCUUGAGGACUUGGUGCUAGAAACAUUGUAUGAUAGAUUUUUGUUUUAGCUAUAAGGUUGUUGGUAUUUUCAAUUUUGAAUCGGAAUAUGCAAUGAUGAUGUAUACUUGAUAUUUGGUUCAUUUGUAUAAUAAUGUAUGAAUUUCUUGGAUGAUAUAUAAUAUUGUUAUCGUUGAUUUUAUCA